GCAUUUAUUUUGCACGUCUGCAACGCAAUCCCCCAAGAAUAAAAACACAAACGCCCAUUUAUUAAUAUUUGCGGUAAGAAAAGCGAAAAGUAAUUCCGGAUUAAUCAAAUGGGAAGAAAGCGUUUAGGAGGAUACAUGACACAGAAUGGACACUUGAAUGACAUUCUUUAAAUCCGCACUCUUCAUGUUCUUCAAACCGACUAAUGCCUAGUGUGAUGACGAUCACAAAAUCCGUCGUUGCUCAUUUUUCUGACAGUGGAGAUGUCGAAUUUCAAAUUCAAGAGACUGAGCUACCUCAAGUCGGCCCAAACUGGGUGAUAAUUCAGGUCCGAGCGUGCGCCUUGAUUGCCGCAGAGGACGAGAAGGCCCAGCGAGGUCUCCUCAACAGCCCCAUCUCUUCUGCCUCGGGUGACUCGCUAGUCCACAUUGGCCAAGAAAUCGCCGGUGUCGUCAAAGCUGUCGGAGAAGAAGUUUGCAGCCUCCAGAUUGGCGAUAGGGUUGUGGGAAUUGUUCCUUUGGACUACAACCAAUCUGGCUGUUCAAAUUAUGUCAUGCUGCAGGAGUUUGACGUUGUUCCUAUCCCUGAUGGCGUUUCUUACUCCGAAUCAGCUGCAACAAUCGGAGACGCGGUCAAAGUUUACACAGCGCUCCACUAUCUCGGAAAACUGAACACAGGGGACACUGUUUUGGUUAUCGGAGGUGCCAUCUCGCUGAUGAGUAUUUUUGUCCAACUCACCCACCACUGGAGUGCACGGACAAUUGCCGCUGUCACUUCUUUGGAAGCAAAAGCACGCAUAAAUGGCCUGAAUCUCAGCUCAGUUCUCGUAAUUGAUGCGUCUGAGCCCAAAGGACUGAAAUCAAGGGUAAUGCUGGAGACUGGAGAUCUAGGUGCAGAUAUCAUUGUUAGUCAACUGUCCUGCCAUCAAGAAAACAUUCCGAGCCUGCAUGAAAUUAUUUCUUGUCUAUCAGUUGGAGGGAGAUUGAUCACUUCGAAUCCUCAAACACAACUUGACCCUCCUCAGUCGAGACAGCUACUGUUGCGAUGUGCCAGUGUUGGAUAUUUGUUCGAGCAAGCGUGGACCUUGUCUUCGGCUCAGCAGGGUAGAUAUCAGCACAUUUUGAUGGAUAUCAUGGAGAAAGUGGCCACAAAGACUUUAAAACCACUCAUCCACACGACCAUAACCAAGCUGGAAGAAGUCUGUACUACUUUAAAGGAUCUGCAGCCAAACUCAGUAAAAGUAAAUGAAAGUUGGAUGUUGUACGAGGACUGCUCUCGGUGUUGAUGUGGUCGACCGAGG